AUAAUAUCAACUGCUUGUGAGAAUUCGUCGCCAUUUUGAACAACAAAAGAGAAAACAGACUGAAUUUUUAGACCGCCUCGGGUCAGUUUUUUUGUUUUAGUAAGGUCCCCAUGAAUGAAAGAUGACAACAACAAGCCCAACGUACGGUGGAAUUAAAACAAUUGCUGGGAAUGGCGGUUUUCAUAACAACUCAAACAAUUUGUUCGCUGAAAUUCACAAACACUGGGGACUCUUACCAGGAAACCAAGGGCUAAACAACAUCAACCAGGAAACACAGACGACAGGAUCUAUGCUAUCGCCGUUGGAAAAUGUUAGGAAACAAGCAGAAAUAAUUGCCGCAGAUGUAGUUGUGAACUUUGAUGUAGAGAAUGAAAAGAAAUGUCCUGACAGGUUUUGUAAAACUAUGAGAAAAACUGUGAAAGAAGUUUCAGAUAGACAUGAUAUAGCUUUAAAAUCAAUGGUGAACAAACUGAACCUUGAUGACAGUAAUAUGUUUCACACUUUUGUAAAUGUUGCUGAUGAAAUAUUUGAAGAUGGACAAAUAAAUUGGGGAAGAGUUAUUGUCGUUUACGCGUUUGCUGCCAGACUCAAUGCCUACUUUAGAAAGGGAAAUCCGGCUUACGAAGAAAAAAUAUCUUUAUAUGUUGGCAAAUAUGUAGGAAACAAACUUGGGCGAUGGAUUUUAGACAAUGGUGGAUGGGAUGCGUUUGCCGAUUUCUUCUCAGACGAGAAUGCAGUAGAGGACAAGAUUUGGAAAGGACUUUUAUUUACAGCAACACUUGGAGGGCUUGGUGCAUUAGCAGCAGUUAUGGCGCGAUAACCACAAAUAGUGCAAUCUCCAUAUCAUUGUGGAAGAGUAGAAUCAACUAUUAUCCAUAAAUACAUUCGUUCCUUGUUAAAAUGGUUUUGAGAAACUUCUUCGGUGGAAAUUUGUUUAGGCAAACAGAAAUUAUUAUUUUUAGUGUUCAUUUUAAUGAAUAAUUUUUCUUUAUGAUCAGUUUACUUCAGUCCUGUAAUAUGCCUUACUAUGAAAAAAGAAUCACUUGUGAAAAUCCUGAAUUAUAAAGCCUUUUAGAGCUAAACCCACACUUAUGUGUUUCUUAAUCUUUCCUUUUGAAAAUGAGAAGAAAUAAACCUUUAUUUAUACAUUUUGACCUUUUGAUUUUUUUGUUUCAUGUCAGUUAUGAGUAUUAAGUUAAACUUUAUUUCAGUUAGUAAUGUAGUAAAUUACUGUAAUGGUUCAUUUUACUGUUCCAAGUUCAUCUCAUUGGCCAUCUGUUAAUCACCAAUCUGAAAUCUGGCAGUUGAGGUUAAUGAUAUUAUAAUCUCUAUGAAAUUGAGGUUAUUGGUAUAUAACUUCUGUGAAAUUGAGGUUACUGGUAUUAUAACCUCUAUGAAAUUGAGGUUAUUUCGCUUAGAGGUUCUUUAUCUACAUUUAUAAAACACUUCUUUUCAUCUAUUCUAAAGAUGGUAAAUUAUGCUCAUUUACGCAAUAUAUCCUUUGGGUAAAUCUUUGUUGAUUAGAAUUUCUAGUUUUAAGUUAUUAUCUAAUAGAUAUUUAUAAGACUAAGCUACCAAGGUAAUUGAAAAAAGUUGUGAUAUCAAAAGUUAGACUUUAGGUAUGUAUAAGAAUAAGCCAUCAAGGUAAUUGAAAAAUGUCGUGAUAUCAAAUUCAAAAGUUAGACUUAGUCAUAUAAACCAUAUAAAUGAAUGCAAUGAAGUUUAUACCAAAUUCUGUUGCAUAUUUGUGCUUGAUAAUUAUUGUCAAACAAGUUAGCUGCCACAAUACACAUGGUACAUGGGCUUUGUCUUUAAUGCAGAAAAUUUUACUUUUAAACAAGAGUACUGGUCAUAAUAUUGAAAUGUUUAUAGGUGAAAUAGAUAUGUGCUCCAAUAGCGCUUUUAAUGUCACAGUUUUCAUCAUAAUUUUGUAUACAGGUACACAUACUGGCAAAAAGGUUUCUUAAAAUGUAUACUUGAAUAUUUUUGCAAGUAGAAUUUGACUUCUUUCUGUUAUUUUUCUUUAUAAACUUGAGUUGUAAAUUUCUAUUUUUCACCAAUUAUUACCCCCGGAUAGUGUAUUUUACUGGAUGUUAAUACAUGUCAUUUCUACAUUUUGUUUUUAUUUGCUUUGUGUAUAUAUCAAAUCAGGGUGCCAGAUAGUGUUAUUGAAUGGUUAAAUAAGAUACCUAGAUCCAGAGAGACAUAAAUACUUACAUAAAGAUUUAAAAGUGCCAUAGUCUGUUUGUUAAUACAAGGGGCAUGCCUUCAGAUAAACCUUAAAUUCAACAGCAAUAUUAUAUCAUAAAUCAGUCUUUAAGUAUUUAUGUUAAUGUUUUAUGAGUGCAAUAUGAAAUCAGCUUAUUUUCUUACAUAAUAGUUUGCAUCAUAUUUCUACUACAUGUAUGUUACGCUUAAGGAGCUUUUCCCAUGUAGUUCUUGGACAACUUGUGUAUGGAAAGAACUGGAAACACUACCAAACCUUUCAUGAUAGUAAGAGGUAACUAAUAGGGUCUGAACACGUGUUUUUGCUGUAUCCGCACCCGCAGGUGGUGCUCUUGUUAAUACAUAAAAGUGCUUGAAACUCCGAUUCACUGUUUUACAAUUAUAUUUAAAGAAAGUUGUUCUUAAAUUUUGAAAAAUUUAACAUUAAUCUGGAGGUAUGUUUCUUUAAAGACCCACUACAGAAUAACAGUAAUCUUAUGUGCUUCCAUGAUUGGUAUUGAAACAUUGUUGAUAGACUUUUCUUCUUCUUUUUUUUUCACCGAAAAUGGGUUUAAAAGGAAAACGUUAUGAAUUUCAUGACAUUGUUAAUCAAAUAUACACAUUUAUCUGGUACGCUGUUUGAAAUCAGUGUUGUUUUCCUGUAUUUUUCUACUAUUGCUAGAUUUUCUGUCAGACUUAUUACAUUCAUUUAAACUUUUCUUUCAGUAAAAUACUGCACUGUAAUUUUGAAGCAUUUUUUUUAUUUCAAAGACUCAAAAGUUAAGCAAAAUUUGAUUCUGGAAACAUGAUUUACUUCCAUCACUUUAGGACUUUUUAAUAAUUUUUGACAUUUUUAUCCCCCCGAAAAAAAAGAAAUGGAUAGAAAGAAAUAAAAUCUGGUGCGAUUUGUUGUUAAGUUAAUGUUGUUGUGGUUCAACAAUAUUAUUCCAUGAAACUGUAAUGAUGAAUACUUUACUAGUCGGUUUGAAAAUUAUUGUUUACGCAGAAAUGAUACAAAAAUUAAACAUUAAAUAUUUAUUGAUGUAUUAAUUCAGUUAAUGACAAAUACAAGAUACUGAUUUACAUUGUAUUCUUGCUUGGAAAUUUGAUAUUUUGUUGUCUGGUCAGUGUAUGUUUAUAUUUGUUUUAAAAAGAGGAAAAAUUGAAAAUAAAAUCUUCUAUUCUAUA